CGCUAUGCCGAUAAUGGUACAGCAGUGCUCGAUGGCUCAUGCUGUGGCUGGUGUCAGAGAUUCUCAAAGACUUCUCACAAGUACUGUAAGACGGCCAGACCAUUAUCCCGCACCGAAAGACUCAAAAGAACUUGGUGAUUUGGCUUCCAGAAAACCAAAAAAUAAAGGAGAUCAGUGUUCCACUGGAAUCCAAGAGAUCGGAUGCGCUAAACCCCCGCGUUCUGGAGUUGGUAAAUGCCCCACAAUCUCUAUUCGAGAGCUCUCACCGCCUUCCAUAUUUGACCCUCUAUCAUUUUGGAGUCAGCCUAGAGCAACGGCCAGCAUGUGCUCAUUCACAGUCGAAUUAUUGCCAGUCUCCAAGCACCAUCGAAUCCUUCAGCAUUCAACAUUCGGCAGCCAUUGACCAUCACAACACACAGCAUUGCGACAGUCAACCCCAUUUAACGAUAAUCGAGGAUCACCAUCUCCAUGUCCUACAAGCGUUCGCGCGCCGCUUACGAAGCCGACCUCACCACCCAGCAAUCCCCAUACGUCUUCUUUGGGACUCCGCUCCCACCACUUGAUCCCGAUGUGCGAGACGACGGCUCCUACGUGCCAAUAUGGAAGCAGGAGGUGAGGGAUGAGCGCGGGCGCAAAAGGCUCCAUGGCGCCUUCACCGGAGGCUUCAGUGCAGGAUAUUUCAAUACAGUUGGCUCCAAAGAAGGGUGGACGCCCUCGACAUUUGUAUCUUCACGUACGAACCGUUGGAAAGAUGACCCGAAAUCCGCUCAACAACGUCCCGAGGACUUCAUGGACGAAGAAGAUCUUGCCGAUGCCGAAGAGGAUCGGAGAAUACAAACCAAAGCAGCCUUUGCUGGCCUGGGCUCCACCGAAAAUGAUGCGUCAAGAGCCACAGGGCUUAUGGGCCUGUUCCGAGCUACCGGGGAGACAAUGGGCGAAAAGCUACUGAAGAAAAUGGGUUGGAAAGAAGGGCAAGGCAUAGGUCCCAAGAUCAGACGGAAAGCUCGCCUCGAGCUUCGUAGCGAUUCGAGCGGCCCUGGAGAGACAUAUUUGUUUGCUCCUGAGAAUGUGCCGAUGAUCUCCUUUGUGCGCAAAACAGAUCACAAGGGAUUAGGUUAUGGAGGCCAUGCUAGACUGACACCUAUUGGAUCUUCCAACAAAAACAACAGCGCCAGUCAUUCAGAUGACGAGGAUGACGACGAAACUAUGGGUGGCUUUGGAAAGCCUCGAUUUACACUUCCGACAGACCGCAAGAAGAAAAAGGACAACAAGCCGCGAGGUGGCAUUGGCAUAGGCAUCCUGAACGACACGGGCUCUGAUGAUGAGGAUCCCUACGAGAUUGGGCCCAAGAUAUCCUACAACCGAGUGGUAGGGAGUGAUAAAAAGAAGAAAAAGGCGACGGCCACGAUCAAUCCUGCUGUCAAAGCGCCCCUGUUUAGGCCGUCGAAAAAGACAGCCCUAGAGAAAAUCGCUCUAGGUGUGCGAAAAUGUCACGAUGGACGACUGCCCCUCGGUGGCUUUGUGUUUGGCAAGGAACCAGAUGCGCUGACCUCGGCUAUCAGCAGCGAAGGCAAGUACCCGCCUCCUCAGGUUCCGCCAGGCUGGGUCUCUUCGAAGAAAUCCAAAUCCCCAGCGGGCGGUCCGGCGGAAUUUGUAUCAGCAGCAGCUGCCGCAAAGGCCUCGACGCUUGAUCCAAAGUCCCGCGCAGCCAUCCUCGGAGAGAAACAACUACCUGGAAAGUCAGUUUUCGACUUCUUGUCUCCUGCCGCUCGAGAACGGCUGGUUGCUGCUACUGGCCGAGCCGAUCUCCCUCAAGCCAAGGGCGAAGUCCCAGCGGAAUAUGCGCUGAGUGAAGAGGAGCGUAUGAACGAGUUGCUGAGUCGCGUUCCGAAACUCGACAAGGAGACAGCUGUCGCUGCUAUUUCCAGGGGAGUCAGCAGUGGAGCGCCAUAUGCGGACGACGAGAAGAAACGAGCGAGAUACAUUGCUUUCCUCGAGUAUCAGGCUGGAUUCAAACCCACCCCAGGAACCCAGCCUCCAAAAAUGAACAGCGAGGACUGGCUGAGAGAGCUGACCGAGUUUUACAACUGCGCUCGAAUCUUCAAGCCGAUGACUGGCUUCAUGGCCAGCAGAUUUACCACGUCUUCAACAACGAAACCAGGCAGCAGAGGUGAGGCUGGUCAGAAGGAUAUCCUCUCCAAGCCUCCGCCAAAGCCCCAGGACCCUGCCGAAGAAGCAGCGAAGCUUGGUAUGUUUGGACCCAUGACGAGGUCUGUUACCGACUUUCAUCCUACACGCCUUCUGUGUAAGAGAUUCAACGUCAGACCACCGGAGCAUGUCCAGCCAGAUGAGGAGCAUUCCACCAAACAGGCUCCUGGCGGCUCGUCAAGGUUUGAUGUAUAUCCCGAUCAACCGGUCUUUAGGCCUGAGAUUUUGACAACAGGUGUUGGUGUGGGGAUAAGUCGAGAGAGUUCCAAUGGUGACGGCUCUGGCAAGUCAACUCCUGCUCCUGAGCCAGCGAUGGUAAUAGAUCCCAGCAGAAAUGAAGCGCUGGAAGGGAAAAGGGCAGGAGAGGAUGUGUUCAAGGCCAUCUUUGUGACACGAGACCGCCUCGUCAACACCAACACUAGCACCACCUCGUCCGACUCACGGCCGUCCAGCCGCUCACCCACCCAACCGUCGCCAGCAAUUGACAAGCUAUCCGACGCCGUGGCUGACCCAGACUUGGUUUGCUUCACCGACGAAGUCAACGUUGAACUCCUCCACCACCGACAGGCACCCGACGAAGCUUUAGCAUCAGGCCAACGGUCGCCGCCACCCCAGUACCCAGCUUCAGAGGCUUCGGCCAGCGGCUCCAACUUUCGACCGCCACCUUCGUUCCAGUCCCUCUUUGCGCUUCCCAACCCCGAGGCGGGAAACCACAAGGAGUCCGCCCUCGACAGCGACGAAGAGGAAGCCAAUCCCAACACUGCCGCCGCCCCAGCGUAUGCGCCGCCCGACAACCAGGUAGCUCAAUCAUCCCAAAGCAGCGCGUCCGUCGCCUCUCGCUUCCAAGACGAAACCAAACGCGCGCUCCCACGGGACAGCAAAGGCGAAUCUUCGCGCAGCAAGGAGGAAGAAGCAGAACCACCACCAGCCUAUUCGGAGGGAUACAGUCCUCUCCACUCUUUUACCUACCUCAUGGCUGCCGCAGGAGGAGAGUCGAGUAUUAUUACUCAGGUCCAGCAAGGGGGGCCGCCGAUUAAUACCCUGUCAGACAUCAAUGCCGAUGAGACGAUAACGAUGGACCUGCGGGGCACCCGCUUCACGCUGUCCCGAGAUGAGCUCUUGACGUUACCUGAAUUCGUCCUGCUCUCGCUUUUCCCCAAUGGCCUCUUCCCGGAAGGGCACAUGGGCGGCGGCUUCCAAGAAGGCGACGCCGUUCAAGUUGAUGUGGGUACCACCGAUUCCAAUUAUUACUACGGGAACGACGAGGGCUAUUAUGGCAACGGUGCUGGUGUUGUUGGUGAUGAUGGCGGUGAUGGGGAUGGCGCUCUCUCCAAUCCGAUAUAUCAACAGCAACCACCGCCGGGUGAAGGAAAUGCAUAUGACGAGGACGACGAUCACAUAGGCGCAUCCGCUCCCUGUGCCGCAGUCACAGUCGUCGCAACCCCCACCAGCCAGAAUGCUUCUCACAUCCGCAGUGUCCUCCGCAAUCUAGAAAUAUACAUAGCUGACCAUUAUACUCACACACAGUACGACCCGGCUUCCCUGCAGUACAUGCUUGACUUUUUCCGGGGUGUCGCUUCUUCGAUUCCUGCCACCACCAGCGAAGACGGCAGCGAUGUGGUGGGUGUUGAUCCUGCUGCGCGAGAGCAGAGGGACGACAGCAGCAGGCGCGCGGGCAUUAUUGUCUUGAGGGAGGAUCUUGACUUUUAUGCGAUCCCGCACAAGCAGGACAUCGGUCAGGAAGAGAUGAUGGAUGUCAAGAGGGCGGCGGCGAAGAAGUUGCUGGAGCAGGGGGGGAUCUUUAGCGGUUUGAAGAAGAGUGAUGAGCCGGGGACGACGGAGGCGCAUUUGAUUGAGAUGUUGACUGCCGGUGGUUUUAACCAUGAUGAUCACUGGGGUCAUCGGGCUGGCGAGCCCAACAAGGCGGUCAUCUGCAGCUUGGCGCUUGCGAGGCUGAGGUCGGAUAUCAGGGGGAACGAGAUGGGGAAUAAUGCUGUGGGGAUGGCGCAGAAGCUGCUGCUUUUCUGGCGGAAGCCGGCGAGGAGGUGCUGGUGGGAGGGGGUUGAGCUGGAGGGGGUGGAGGGGGUGCCGCAGGGGCAGAAGUUGAAGGUUUGGAUUCGGAGGGUUUGGACUUUGGAGAUGAGUGUGAUUGGGUUGCGUUGAGGCCCGGGUGUAUGAGGAGGGGGUGUUUCGCCCAGUAAACUGAUGAGAGGCAGGGAGGGAUGAGGAGAUGAUUCUGUUAAAAACUUGCUGACACAUGGGUUGGGUUUGGUUAGUCUCUUGAGGAGUGUAGGUUGCGGGUUACUGUGGUGUUUUCUGUUUUCUUUCUCUUUUUUGUAAUGAAGUUUGCUGUUGGUUUUUUAUUUUACUUUUUCGUUCUUUUUCCCCAGAGUCGAAACAGCACACACACACAAUUGUUUUUUUUUCUUUUCCUUUUUAUAUCCCGAAUGCGAAAAUGGGAGGUAUACCUAGGUAGUUUGAGGGGAGGAUGGGGUGAGUCCUAUAAAGCGAGAAAACGAUAGUGUAUUUUUUGGUAAUAAUAUCUAUGAUAGCGCAAUGCUUUUGGGGAUUAUGGUGAGUGGUGAAGG